AUGGCGACCUCGAUUGCGUCUCAGUUAGAAGCCAUAAAAUCCGUGAUACAAGCCGACACAGAGCCGUCGGUCAAGAGGCCCUUCAUUCGCCCUUCCAUUCUCUUCGACGCUAAAGAGGCUGCUGAUAUCGAUAUCGAUACCAUUUUCUCUAUUGCACUCCAAGGACACUUUGAACUCCCAUCGUCAAUCAAGACACUUGAGUACUUGAUACGCCGAUAUAAGAUUCAUGUGUACAACUUCGAGGACUUAAUUUUGUGUGCUUUGCCAUACCAUGACACCCACACAUUUGUUCGAAUAGUUCAAUUAAUUAGCUUGAGAAAUAGUAAAUGGAGAUUUAUGGAUGGCGUAAAAGUUUCUGGUGCACCACCACCUAGAAAGGUUAUUGUCCAGCAAUGUAUUCGUGAUAAGGGGGUUUUGGAGAUUUUAUGCAACUAUGCAUCCCCGUCGAAGAAGUAUAGGCCUUCAAGGCCUGUGAUAAGGUUUUGCACGGCAGUAGUUAUCGAGGUUUUGGGUUCCUCCACAUCUGUUGACAGUGAUGUUGUGCAGAGAAUCCUAUCACUUGUUGUUUCUGGACUUGAGGCUGGCACAAAAGGACAUUCAGAAAACAAGGCUGGUGCCAUGAUGAUUGUUGGUUUGCUAGCGAGUAAAGUUACAUUAUCUCCCAAACUUGUCAAGAGUUUGAUGAGGUCAAUUGCUGAAAUUGCUCGAGAGGAGGCAAAAGAGUCGGCUGAUCUUCAGUUGUUUCGCUUAUCGCUUAUGACUUUGAUCAACCUUGUUCAGCUGCAAGCUGUUGAUAUUUUCCCAAUCAAGACUUUGGAGAUUUUGAUGGACAUUAGGGAUUUUGCUGCUAUACUUUUGGGACUGUUUAACGAGUUCAAUAUUGAUAGAUUUGUAUGGGUACUUUUGGAUUCUCUGGUUGACUACAGUUCUUCUAAUGAAUCAUGCCAGCUUGCUUUGAUCUCAAUAUUAGAGACAAUUCCUUCCAAGAAUUUUGUUCAACAUGCAGUUUCUAAGGUCCUAUCAUCCUGCUUGCAAAGUUCACAGAAAAUAAAAAAUUCAACAUCAUCUUUAUCAGGAAGUUGGGCGAAGAAGAUCUUAGUUGUUCUGAAUGAGAAAUAUCAAUCUGAACUACAGGGAGCGGUUCACAAAUUUCUUGAUGAAAAGAAUGUACAGUCUAAGAAAGGGGGCUCAGUACAUGAAAUUUUGGGUCAAAUGUUGGAUGGUAAUUUGGACAUGUCACUAGCUUUCUCAGAGUCAAAAAUUUGGUUUGGGUUGCACCAUCCAAAGGCUGAUGUCCGCCGUCGCACACUGUCUGCAUUAGGCACAUCGGGUGUUCUGGAAGCCAAGGCCACAAACCCACAGAGUCUUGUAAGCAUCGAAGAUGUCAUACUGCGACAACUUCAUGAUGAUGAUCUUACUGUUGUUCGGGCAGCUUUGUCCUUAGACAGAUUGUCCACUAUAAUAAGUUCUGCUGACCUUUUUGAAGCACUGGGUAAUGUGCUUAAAAGAUGUAUUGGCAUUCUGAUGUCAAGUUCAUUGGAGAACACCAGUCUAGCAUGUGAUGUUUCUGUUUUGUGCCUGAAGAAUGCUAGCUCUGUUAUCGAUGAUAACAUUGAAUGUUGCAAUAUACUUGCUUCCAUGAUUUUUCCGUUACUCCUUGUUCUACCUAAGACACAGAGGGUAAAUUUGAAAGCAUUGGAAUUAGCGAAGGAGGUAAAGUGGCCACUUUUUGAGAAUCUUGCAGGUGCCUCCAACACAGCAUUGACAUCGCAAGCAGGAAGCCUGUCCUCAAUUAACAUGGACACCAUUGCAAGUUUGGCUGGCAGGUUCUCGUUGCACCCUGAAGAAUUUAUGCCUUGGCUUAUUAAGAGUUCUAAUGACUUUGAGUUGUCAAAGACACAGUUCUUCUUGGUGAUGAUGCAGACGCUUCUCAUUCAAAAGAAUAAAUCUGCUGGAUUUUUGGCCCUUUUUGAAGUUGGUUUUCCUGCACUGAAGGCGGAAUGGGAAGCAUUUGAGUCAAUGGGUGAUAGCUCUAUGGAGGAGUUCGAUAAGGACGUGCUGAAUUGGGAUUGCAGAAUAUUCCUUGAUAAGCUGGACUCCAAUUUGAAGGCAUUAAAUGCAAAUAUUCUAAUUUGCCUAUUUUGGCGGUUAAUGGAGGCAUUUUUAUCUGCGAUGCCUGCUGAUAUCUCCAUGAACACCCACCUGCUUAAUUUGAUUCUUGUACUGACCUCAACUGGAGUUUUGGUAUCUUUUGUAUUUUUGAUAUACUUUUACUGCAAAAGAAGUGCAAAACAUGAGCAACAAGAUGUGGAAAACUCAGAGCAGAAGCAUGAAGAUGAUGUGGAGGUAGAGGACUUGAUGACUUUUCAGGAUGGCCAAGACCUCACAAUUUGCGACAUACUAGAUGCUCCAGGGGAGGUGAUUGGAAAGUCGAACUAUGGAACACUGUACAAGGCUUUGUUGCAGAGUAGCAACUCAGUGAGGUUGCUGAGGUUUUUGAGGCCUGUGUGCACUGCAAAGGUUGAAGAUUUUGGUGAAGUGGUUCAGUUGUUGGGGGUGUACAAGGCAUCCUAA